GGGGCUAACGCGCUGCCACCGAGGGGUGCCGUGGCUGGUGCCGACCGUCCUCCGACAAUUAAUUCUAGUUACGUUAGUGACUCACGUACUGUGCGGCUUUCCAAGACACUCAAUCAGCCUCAGCAUAGCGGCGUCGCGCUGAAUAGAGCAGCCAGCUUCUUCUGUCUACCAGGGAGCAGCGGUCCCAUCAACCCGGCUCUUCUGGCCUGAACUGUUGCCGGUGCACUGAAUCUUCAUCCAAGUCUAUCCCACUUCCCGCUUCGCCAGCGUGAAUCAUGCCUACCAUUUCUGUGGAUAAGGCGGCCCUCUUUCAGGAGCUUGGCCGAGAGUACACUACGGAAGAGUUUGACGAAUUGUGUUUCGAAUUUGGAAUUGAACUCGACGAAGACACUACCAACCAGGAACGGCCCAACAAUGAACCUCCGCAGCUCAAGAUCGAGAUCCCCGCAAACAGAUAUGACUUGUUGUGUUUCGAGGGUAUUUCUUUAAUGUUGAAUGUCUUUUUGGGCCGCAAGCCGUUUCCAAACUAUCGGCUGGUGCCUCCGCCGAAUGGCGAGCUCCAGAAAGUAAUUGUGAAAGAAGAUACGACGAAAAUAAGGCCUUAUGUUUCCGGGGCUAUCCUGCGAAAUAUCACCUUCGAUGAAGCUCGAUAUGAAUCUUUCAUUGCCUUGCAAGACAAGCUUCACCAAAAUCUUGCUCGCCAACGUACGCUUGUGUCUAUUGGUACCCAUGAUUUAGACACAAUUCAAGGCCCUUUCACAUACGAAGCCCUUCCACCAAAAGACAUUCGUUUCGUGCCGUUGAAUCAGACGCGGGAACUCGAUGGAGAGGAAUUGAUGACUUUCUACAAUAAAGACAAGCACCUAGGCAAAUUCCUUCACAUCAUUAGGGAUUCUCCCGUAUACCCGGUAAUUUAUGAUUCGAACCGUGUCGUGUGCUCCCUGCCUCCCAUUAUCAAUGGAGAUCACUCGAAGAUUAAGUUAGACACAAAGAAUGUCUUUAUUGAAAUUACCGCACUUGACAGGACCAAGCUGGAAAUUGUCAACAGAAUCAUGGUCACCAUGUUCUCGUUGUACGCGGCCGAGCCUUUUACAAUUGAGCCAGUUCAAAUUGUCUCGGAACACAACGGCGAAACAAGAGUAACGCCUGAUAUCUCACCUCGAACUACUGAGGCAGAGAUUUCUUACAUCAACCAAUGCUGUGAUUUGAGUUUGUCCGCGGAAGAGAUUUCUCGGCUUUUGACAAAAAUGGCGUACAGUGCUAAGCCCUCAAAAUCAUCUGAUGAUCUCAUUGAAGUCCAAAUACCACCGACUCGGGCAGACGUACUUCAUCAAGCAGACAUUAUGGAGGAUGUUGCCAUCGCCUACGGUUUCAAUGAACUGCCAAGAAGUUUCCCUAGCAAGUCUGGCACUAUCGCGCAGCCAUUACCGAUCAACAAACUCACGGAUAUUAUUCGAAUGGAGGCCGCAAUGGCGGGCUGGUCCGAAGUAAUGCCGCUCAUCCUUUGCUCUCAUGAUGAAAACUUCGCCUGGCUUAACCGCAAAGAUGACGGUAAAACGGCAGUCAAGCUUGCUAACCCGAAGACGCUUGAAUUCCAGGUGGUCCGUACAACAUUGCUUCCUGGUCUCUUGAAAACUAUCCGAGAAAACAGAAACCACGCUGUGCCUAUGAAAGUCUUUGAAGUCAGUGAUGUGGCCUUCAAAGACCUAUCCCUGGAGCGAAAGAGCCGUAACGAGAGACAUUUCGCAGCGGCCUGGUACGGUAAGACAAGUGGUUUCGAGAUUGUUCACGGUUUACUAGACCGGGUUAUGGCAAUGUUAAAGAGUGCCUUAAUCAUCGGCGAGGAAGGAUUAGAAAACCCUGCGAUGAAUGAUUCCAGCUAUUGGAUCGAGGAGCUCAAUGACCCAACUUAUUUCCCUGGCCACGCUGCUUCGGUUUACGUCAAAAUAGGUGGUAAGGAGCAAGUCAUUGGUUCUUUCGGCAUUCUUCACCCUACCGUCCUAGAGAAGUUCGACCUUAAAUACCCUGUCAGCACACUUGAACUCAAUAUUGAAGCAUUCCUGUAGGCGGACAUUGAAGAUUAUUCUUGUACAUGGUCGAAAUCUGUAGCGCAACGCAUAGAUAUAUAAAAAUGAGUGACGAAAAUGGAAUUUAGGUGAACUUUCAUAAAAAAGUUGACAUAAUGUGUUUGAAUCCUUAUCAAUUGAUGUCAAUACGGUACACAUGUAUGUAUUCUGUAUUGCUAUAGGCAAGAGUCCUACAAUUCAACACCUGGAGGCUUCAAA